AUGAUCCAACUAAAGACGCUGCUAAACUGCAUCGACAACUCCGGCGCCGCCAUCGUCGAAUGUGCCAGCGUCCUCAAAAUGAAACGCGCCGCUACAAUCGGCGAUCGCAUCAUCGUCGUCGUGAAGAAGCAGCGGAACCCCGGCCCGGAUAUGGGCAGUGCCAGCAGCGGGGUCGUCACCAAGGUCAGACGGGGCGACGUCCUGCACGCUGUCGUGGUCAGGGCGAGGAAGGUGCAGAGACCCGAUGGUUCGUGGGUGAAGUUCGAUGACAAUGCGUGUGUGCUUAUCAAUAAGUCGGGGGAUCCGAUUGGGACGAGGCUGAACGGAAUUGUGGGGAAGGAACUACAAAAGAAGGGCUGGUCGAAGAUCUUGUCGUUGGCGCCGAUGCAUCUGUAG